AUGACCCGACCACCGACCGAGCCAGUCAUCACGCCCGAAAAGAUACUGAGCCUGUCAUCACAGGGCUGCAGGGCAGCAGGGCGCGCGGGGCGCGCAGGGCUGCAGUGCGCGCAGGGCGCGCAGGGCAGCAGGACAGCAGGGCGCGCAAGGCUGCAGGGCACACGGGGCGCAGCAGGGCUGCAGGGCGUGCGGGGCACGCAGGGCAGCAGCAAGGGCUGUAGCGGCAACAGCAAGGGCUGUAGCGGCAGCAGCAGGGCAGCAGGGCGCACAGGGCUGCUGGGCAGCAGGGCGCACAGGGCUGCAGGGCAGCAGGGCGCGCGGGGCGCGCAGGGCUGCAGGGCGCGCGGGGCGCACAGGGCUGCAGGGCGCGCGGGGCGCACAGGACAGCAGGGCAGCAGGGCGCGCGGGGCGCGCAGGGCUGCAGUGCGCGUAGGGCGCGCAGGGCAGCAGGACAGCAGGGCGCGCAGGGCUGCAGUGCGCGCGGGGCGCACAGGGCAGCAGGGCAGCAGGGCGCGCGGGGCGCAGCAGGGCUGCAGGGCACGCGGGGCGCGCAGGGCAGCAGCAAGGGCUGUAGCGGCAGCAGCAGGGCAGCAGGGCGCACAGGGCUGCAGGGCAGCAGGGCGCGCGGGGCGCGCAGGGCUGCAGAGCGCGCGGGGCGCACAGGGCUGCAGGGCGCGCGGGGCGCACAUGACAGCAGGGCAGCAGGACAGCAGGGCGCGCAGGGCGCGCAGGGCUGCAGGGCGCGCAGGGCUGCAGGGCGCGCAUGGUGCGCAGGGCAGCAGGACAGCAGGGCGCGCAGGGCGCGCAGGGCUGCAGGGCAGCACAGGGCUGCAGAUCCCCUCCCCCCCACCACUGCACCCGCAGCAGUUGGAUGGAGGAGAACAGGACGUGCCACACACACCACCCCCAUACCCUCCCCCCCACUGCUGCACCCGCAGCAGAGAGAUGGAGGAGAAGGGGGGGGCGGGGGGGGGUGGAGCUGGUGCUGCAGGUCCCCUCCCCCCACUGCCGCAUCCGCAGCAGGGGGAGAUAGGAGAAGGGGGGGGGGGGGGGGGGCUGGUGCUGCAGAUCCCCUCCCCCCCCACUGCUGCACCCGCAGCAGGGGGGAGGGCACCGGGGCUGCGGUUAGGGGCGGCAGGUGGCGAGGGGCCAUGGCUAGGGGCGACGGGGCCAUGGCUAGGGACGGGGCCGGGCGCUGGGCAGGUACGGGGCCGGGCGCUGGGCAGGUACGGGGCCGGGCUCUGGGCAGGUACGGGGCCGGGCGCUGGGCAGGUACGGGGCCGGGCGCUGGGCAGGUACGGGGCCGGGCGCUGGGCAGGUACGGGGCCGGGCGGUGGGCAGGUACGGGGCCGGGCUCUGGGCAGGUACGGGGCCGGGCGCUGGGCAGGUACGGGCCGGGCACGGGCUAGGUACGGGGCCGGGCGCGGGCUAGGUACGGGGCCGGGCGCUGGCUAG